AUGGAGCAGACGACAGGGGGGACGCUGGACAGCUUCCUGGACACUGAGUGCUGCAUGCUGGAGCGCACACUCGAUGUCGUACGCGAAGUUGCGCCACAUGCCACCCAGCGCUACCCGUCGAUAUCUAAGGUACUCGUAAAGUCUGCUCGACACAGUGUGACAAUGCGGGCGGCUGAUAACUCUCCCCCAACAAAGACGUCGCGAAUAAACCCCGUCAACGAGAGUGUAGAGGCACAUCCGAAUGGCGAGGCAACAACAACGAGUAGACGGCUAGUGGAGCCAUUUAACGACGCCACCACGCCUGAGAACCCAUACCUUCUAAACUUUGCAGAGGUUGAGUCUAACUCUGCGGACCGGGACGGUAGCUGGCCGAUGCCGCAAACGCACCUGCGGCCGCCAACGGUGCACUCGGAGGUGCAUUCGCCGGUCUUUUCUGAAGUGCGGAAGGACAACGGUGCUGCAGCGGGAUCGAACCAGCCACAGGAGCCAAUAAACACGGCGGAGGUAAGAGCAAGUGCACCGGAGAAUGCUGAUUUUAGUUCUACCCUCCCCCAUAGCACACUGGAACCAUCAGAUACACGGCAGCAGCCCCCUUCAGUGCACUAG